AAUUUUGUAAUCAGUGGUUUAUAACUUUAUAUGCAAAGAGCCGACUCUGUCGUGACAGUCAAAUAAACUUCAAAUAUUUCUGCUACCAACUUUCUCUCUCGUUCAUGGAGGACGUAGCAGCGAGGAAUGGAAUUGGAACUGCGAAACAGAGGAAUAAGGAGGGUGUGGUCCAUCCAUCACGGCGUAAGAUAGUACCUGCUGUAGAGAGACUGCCGCCUGUGGAUAUGGGGGCGAAGAUGGCAGCAAUUGCUAUGGAGCUGAAUGUAAGGUUGAGAUCGGCCGAUAUGCCGGCGGCCAUGCAAGAGCGAGCGUUCCGACUGGCCAGGGCUCUUAUGGAUGCCGCCUCAAACAGCCCACGACCCAACCCUACUCCCAUGGCUCUCGCUCUGAAGAAGGAAUUCGAUGCGUCGUACGGCCCAGCUUGGCACUGCGCGGUGGGGAAGAGUUUUGGAUCGUUUGUGACUCACUCGCGAGGAGGGUUCCUAUACUUUUCGAUCGACAAGUUCUGUUUUCUUCUGUUCAAAACGGAGGUUCGACGAGUCACCGGGCCGCCUCCUCUGAGAGUCUGUGACCUCAAAAAAUAAAUUAGUAGGAUUUAUCUUUUUUACAGUGUUAUAAUUCUUGACAAUGUAUCUGAAACUUCUCAGGAAUCAACCAAAAGGGUGAAUGGUAUUAUUUUGGCCUUCUGCUCUA